UCUACUACAUCCCAGAGUAGAGCUGUCACAAAUACAAAUUAAAGACACAAGUUCCGGCAUCCAUCUUAAGGCCAGCAUGUGACAUAAAUAUGUUUACAUUCAUAGUACAUACCAUAAGCUAUACAAAUUAUAACAAGAACAAAAACUGAAUCACCUUCGAUACAAAGCAAAAGGUCAAAAGUAGACGUUAAAUGCAAACAGUUCGCACUUAAUGACCACAAUUUUAUUUUGGCUUGGGAAGUUUAAAAAGCUAAAUAUGAAAAUAAAAAAUAUUGAUGAAUAAACAAGUAACGAGACUAAUGAACGUGCCAAAAAUUCAAUAAGAAAAAAGUAAAUAUUUUAUCAAUCCGAAAUCCACUGUUUUAAUUGUUCGUCGGUUUUAUCUUGGAAAAUAUGUACAUAUAUGCACCGCAGCGUUACCAGAAAAUUUCUUAGUGUUGUGGAAGCAUUAAGAAAAUUAAACUCAGAUUAUACUUAGAUUUUUCAACACGAAAUAUAUAAAAAUAACGAUUUAAAAUAUCUGUGUUUCGCCGGUGUAUACAUCUUUAAUAAAAAAAAAGUGAGCUGAAAAUUCAUAUUUGUACAUAGAGAUGUAUAUUUAAUAUAUAUGCAUUUCAACAUAUGUAGUACCUACAACUUUCUCGUAAGAAUACACAACUCAUAACAAAUGGUUUCUAAUUAUAGAGGACUAAAUAUAAGCAUACUAUAUACAUAUAUACUUAUAUUAUAGAUUAUGUUUGGUGCAUAUCGUAAACCAGCUGCGUUAAAAUUUUCUUAGCUUACACAAGAGAUAUAUUUUAAAAAUGAAGAGUUUCUUUAUUUUAAUAUUCACCUAUAUUAUUGCAAUUUCACAAAUAACUAGAUGCAAAAACUCGAAUUAUUAUACAAUGCAGAAAGGCGAAUAUUUAGCAGAAAAUAAUAAUAAAAACCUUGAUACAAAGAUCUCGAAUAUAUUUUACAAAUCUGGACAAGAUGCUGAAAUUGUCAAAAUUAAGUUGCAGAAUACGCUACGCAACUUUUUAGAAAAUUUACAAAAAAACUUAACAACUUCAAUAAUAUUAAAAACACUCGAUAAUAAGUUAAGCUUUGAGCGGUCGCAGCAGAAAUGGCAGAAAUUAAAUGAUCACAUGGAUUUCUACAGAACAGCAUCCCGCGACUUACAAGAAUUCUCAUUUAAAUCGGAAAUGUUUUUGCAAAUCAGUAAAAAUGAAAGUGUUACUUUUUUAAUGAAACUCCGCAGAGUACCCACCGGUCAGCAAAUGCUGGCACCGCAUGUUAAGUUGCAGUUAACAAAUUAUUUUGCUGAAAUGGAGUUUUUUAAUGUUGUAUUUUUCGAAAUACUUGACGAGGGAAUGGAAUAUAUUAAUAAUGCUCUAUAUAUCAUUCGAACAACAUUUGAAAACUAUGCUGAUAUACAGCAAAAAAUUUUACGUGAUGAACAUUUUUUACUUGAUAACUGGUGUUUUAAUAAGUAUUUUGAAUUUUUACAAAAGUGGUCAACACAGAUAUAUAAAUGUGCCACCGAAACAAGAUUACAAACGGUAUACAAUGUGUUUUCAAUUACAAAAGUUGCGGUUAAAUACCUCAUGCAACAGCUAGAAUUUAAAAUGCAGCGUUUGUUUAAUUGUUUCAUUUGUAAAGAAUACAGUAUAAAGUGCAAUUUUUUACGUUUCCCGGAAAACGACUUCGAGAAAUUAUUUAAUAUUUUAAAAGAAUUACAAAUAUAUUAUGACAUAGAAAUAAAUCGCGGGAGGGUGGAAUCGAGAAGAAUACAACGCAGUGAAAACAUUAUACGAUUAAGUGAAAAGAAAAAUGUAAAUGCAUCUAAAAAAAAUUGCUUACCAUUUGGUUUUCCAACAAACCAGAUGCGAAAUGACCUUAAGGUAUGCUUCAAUAUUCACUAAAUAUUUCAAUUAAAAGAUUAAUCAAAAACUUUAAAUAUUACAUAUUUUUAAUUAUCUACAAUUGUGAUUGAAUCACUUCACCACUGCUGUAAAAAAUAUAGAAUUCAAUUUGAAUUAAAUUAAUAUAAA